GUAUCAAUUUACAAGCAAUUGGACGACAUUUUCAUAGUUUUUGAAGCAGCUCAUGCCUACCUAUUACUGCUUGCGGUCAUGAUCAAUUUGAACGACUUCCAUGUAAUACGCAAGAUGCGAAAUGUAUGGUACAGACUGCUGUCUCUCUGUAAAGAUGAUUUCUACGAUUAUGAGUGUGAGUCUGUGAGAAGGGAAUCGGAGAGAUUGAGGGCGUUGUCCAAGAAUAAUAUGAAAUGGUUUUUCAGAAUUGCCAUACCUGGCAUAUUCGUGAAUGUGUUCAUGGUUAUGGUGGUGAUACCGUUAGCGCGAUUGUAUUUCAACGAGCAGCAAAAAACAGACGAUACUGCCUUCAAUGUUUACUUACCACUUUCCGUGUGGAGUCCCUUCAAUUCAAGAACUGUUGCAGGGUUCACAUUUAUCUACACUCUAAUGUUAGGUUUCGCCUCGAACCUUCUGGUUAUAUUAUUGGUUUACAUUUCGACCAUCUUCUAUUUCUACAUGGAAUUGAUAAUUCAAAUCAGGAUUUUGUGUUUCGCCUUACAAAAACACGAUGAAAGACUGCAACUACUGAAAGACAAAUCAAUUAAAAUGGAACAGUGUAAUUCAACAUUAGAAACUAUUGAGAAACAAGCUGAGGAUAAUUAUUGUAUAACUGAGUCCUUGAAAGCACCGAUUCUCCAUUAUUUGAAGAUCAGAGAGUUUUUCGACACAUUUCAAGAGUCCAGCUCCUUUGUUUUUGGACUAAUGCUGACAGUGAAUAUGCUGACCAUUGUUACUAUAUCUCUCCUUUUGACAAGAAUUGAUUCUCUUCUAACAUUUGAUGGUGCCAAGUUCUGCUUGAUUUUCAGUAUCGAAGUAGUGAACAUUUUUAUCUACACUUAUUGUGGGUCUAUGCUAAUCGAAGAGAGUCGUCAGAUUCAGAAAAGUUUGUACAGUAUCAACUGGUAUGGCUUCAAUUCUAGUCAAAAGAAAAUUCUAAAUAUCUUCCAAAUCCAAACUGCCUCCAAGUUUCUGCUCAUGGCAGCUGGACUCUAUGAGAUUAAUCUUGAUACGUUUAUACAGGUCAUACAAACAGCCUAUUCGGUGUUCAAUGUUUUCAAAAACUUAAAAUAAAUAAUUAUUCAUUUUAACAGAGUACGGUAACAGCAACUUGAACCGAAACCGUACAAAGCAUUGUGAAAAGUAGUAAACAGUGACUAUCAAUGCAUGUACGGUAAUCAGGACAACCAAUUUGAACAUAUUGAAGUAGAAGAGAAGAAGAUGGGCACAGUGUAUUGGUAACACGCAGUGUAGAUGCUGCGAAAUAAAAUGUUUGUUGGACUCAAAAUUAAUUUAUUGCAAAACAAUGGUUUGUUUAUUUUUGCUAAUAAAACAUUAUAUUAUUAUUAGAGGGAAUACUAUCUAC